AUGCCCCAUUUGCGAGGUCUACCGAAUCCAAUCUUAUACAGGGUUGCAGCAUAUCUCGAGAGCAGCGAGAUAUUUGCUCUUGCGAGAUCAUCUCGAAAUCUCAGAGCCAGGCUACAGCCGGCCAUACUUGCAAUCAACGUCGAAUGUCAAAACAGCAAUUUGCUCGGCCUCGCUGCCAUGGACAACGAUAUUGACCUCGCCGAAAGACUUCUGCAACGCAAGGCAGACGUCAACGCGUUCUUUCGAGGGAAGACCCCGGUGAUGAGGGCUCUCAAGUACUCAUCCUAUGACGUAUUGCAGCUCCUGCUGGAAAGCCCUACGCUGAAUAUCAACCUCCAAAAUCAGGCGCAAGAAAGCGCGCUAUGGCGAGGACGAACGGCACUCCAUCUCGCGGUCUGGUGGGGCAAAACGGGCCUGGCGCGUCUGCUCCUCUCCAGCGGCAGCGAUCCUCUCACUACAGAUGACUUUGGCAAGUCACCCCGCGCAUGGGCAUGGCGCAUCGGCCGGCCGUCCAUGAAGUGGAUCUUUGUAGGCCCACAGGAAGCUGGGCACUCGCUCUCUUUCUACAGGCCAUCCGCCGGUUAUCAGACCACUGAUAACAGCGAGCUGCCGCUCCACCAAGCAAUAGCCCAUGGAUCCGCAGACGCUAUCAAGCUACUUCUGACGCAGAAGGAACUGGCCCUGGACGCUCAGGAUCACAACGGGGAUACUCCACUCCACCUCGCUGUUCGAUGUCGGCGUCUGGCAGUGGUGGAAUUGCUGUUGAGCCACCCGUGCGCCGACGUAAACUGUCGAGGCAAAGACGGCAACACUCCGCUCUGGUUGUCGACAUUCUUAUCGCGCGAUGACACGACCGAGAGGCUGUUAAAGGCGGGUGGCAUUGAUAUCAACUUUGUGGGUGGUCGUGGUCAGACCCAAACGCCUUCCACUUCGCUGCACCACGUGGUCGCAAGGAGUGACACUGUCGCUCUGCGGUGGCUUCUCGAGAUACCUGGCAUCGACCCCAACCUCUGUGUGGCAGGCGUCUCUCCUUUUUCCGCGACGGCCGCGAACGCGGCGGAAAACGGCCACCUGGAAGCGGUGAAGCUCUUGGUCCGGCAGGGCGAGGCUCUGGCAAUUAACCAGAGCACUGUUACCAUCCAAGACACCGCCCUGUGUAUCGCCGCCCGGGCGGGCGACUCGGAGAUGGUGCGAGUUUUACUGCGCCAUCCCAAAGCUGACCUCAACCACCACAAUCGUUGGUUCGAGGAUCCUUUGUUGCUUGCAGUAAAAGGCGCACAUUUGCUGGUCGUUGAAAUGCUGCUGCAGGACCGGAGAAUGAGGCUUACCAGCUUGUGGGCAUCGCUUCAUUUUGCCGAGGAGGGUCCAAUUCGGGAGGCAAUCCAGAAGCGGGUUAACUAUCUUCGCAGCCGUUGCGGUGCAAGUACACCCUCCUCAUCAUUUAAAUGGAGAAUCGGUGGAUUUCUCAAAAAUCAGCAAAAGAUUUGUACAGCAGGGCGAUACAAACUGCAUUGA